AUGGAUCAAGAGGAUUUUAAUAACCCACAACGAGAACCCCAGUUUACCUCAUGGUUUGGACCAACUAUACGAAAUAAUAACAAUAAUUCUAAUAAUAAUAAUAAUAAUAAUAAUAAUAACACUCAAUCUGGAGAUUCUGGAUCUUCAGAAAUGUUAAACAACCAAAUUAUAUUAAUUCCAGAUAACGAUCGAUAUUCAAAUUCAAAUAUAAGCAAUAAUAACAACAGCAAUAAUGAUGAUGAUUCACGAAAUCAGGGUGUAACAGGAAUGUUUUCAAGAAAUGCAUAUCUAGAUUCCAUUAUUGGAGAAAGUUAUUCGGUUAGUAAUGAUAAUAACCAAAGCAAUAACCAAAAUAAUAGUAAUAACAACAAUAAUAAUUACGUAAGCCCUAUCAAGAAGAUAGAAACUCGUUUUAAUGAUAUAACUUUAAUCCAUUCAAAUACACUGAGUGAUAUAAGUAAUAUCUUUACAAACAUGGAUCUGCAAUCCUUGAAUCUAAGUGGAGAUGAAUUAAGGGAAGUUUAUUUAUUACAUGAUUAUUUAAAGCAAAAAUUUACGGAAUAUAUUGAAAUUAUCGAUCGUAGAAGAAAUAUAGUGAUGCAAGAAAUUGAUCAAGAAAAUUUUGAAUUAAAAAAAUUACAUGCUGAUAGCAAUUCUCAUCAAUCUGUUAACGUAUGGACAAAAUUGCAACGAGUUAGACUUAGAAUUGUUGCUGGAGAAAUUGAGGAAGCUCAAAAGAUAAGAGUUAAGUUCCUGACCAUUAUUGAUCAUUACAAAAAUGCAGUUAAUGAAUACUCUGAAAUGGCAUACCAAGGGAGAAGAGCUUUGAAUCCUACUUCCCAUUUCCAACAGUGGGUACACUCUAUAAAUCCAAGUGAGCCUUCAAAUAUGACGAAAGAGUUGAAAGAAUUGUAUAGUAUAUCUAAAAAUAUUUCCAGAAAUACUUUCAGUACGAACAAUGGAAACAGGGAAUUGACAGUUAAAAACGAUGGUUACUUUCCACUUAAGCAGUUACCAUCAGAAAUUUUGCAUUUAGUUUUGGACAAGCUUAGUCAUAAGGCUGAUAUUGUUAGAUUAUUAACAGUUUGUAAACUUUGGGCUCAAUUGAUAGUGAAAAUUCUUUAUUACAGGCCUCAAAUCAAUAAGAGAGUUCAAUUAGAAUUGUUUAUGAGAACAAUGAGAUUAACAGCAUCAGAUACUAUAUUUGAUUAUAGAUCAAUGAUCAAAAGAUUAAACUUUUCAUUUGUAGGUGAUUAUCUUCACGACGAGGAGCUAUACAAUUUUAUUGGAUGUAAAAAUCUAGAAAGAUUGACAUUAGUAUUCUGUAAGCAUAUUACUAGCAGUUCAAUAGCUGCUGUAUUAAAAGAUUGUAGAUAUCUUCAAAGUGUAGAUAUCACAGGAAUUAAGGAUAUUUCAGAUAGCAUCUUUGAAAUUCUAGCAGAUAAUUGUCCAAGACUUCAAGGGUUUUAUGUUCCACAAGCUAAGAAUGUAACAUUCCCCUCAUUAAAUAAAUUUAUUAUAAAUGCGCCAAUACUAAAAAGAGUAAAGAUAACUGCAAAUAAUAAUAUGGACGAUGAACUGGUGGAGCUAUUGGCCGAUAGAUGCCCAAUGUUGGUCGAAGUUGAUAUUACCUUAAGUCCAAAUGUUCAUGAUGAGAGUCUAUUAAAACUAUUUACAAAAUUGGGCCAGUUAAGGGAAUUUAGGAUUACUCACAACACAAACAUAUCAGAUAAGUUACUUCUAGAGCUUUCUAAAAAUGUUAGCCAGUUACCAGCAUUGCGGUUAUUAGAUUUUUCCGGUUGUGAAAAUAUUACUGAUAAAACUAUCGAAAGGAUAGUAAUGUUAGCACCAAAACUGAGAAAUGUAUUUUUAGGUAAAUGCAGCAGAAUAACAGAUACGUCACUAUACCAUUUAGCAAAGCUAGGAAAAAAUUUACAAACAGUUCAUUUUGGUCACUGUUUUAAUAUUACAGAUCAAGGUGUUAGGGUUUUAGUUCAAUCAUGUCCUAGAAUUCAAUAUGUAGAUUUUGCAUGCUGUACCAAUCUAACAAAUAGAACAUUAUACGAACUAUCUGAUUUAACUAAACUAAAAAGAAUAGGUCUCGUAAAAUGUUCCCAGAUGACAGAUGAAGGGCUUUUAAAUAUGAUUUCUUUAAGAGGGAGAAAUGACAGUCUAGAGAGGGUCCAUCUUUCUUACUGCUCUAAUUUAACAAUAUAUCCAAUUUAUGAAUUAUUGAUGGCCUGUCCUAGAUUGUCUCAUCUUUCUUUAACUGCAGUUCCAUCAUUUUUAAGACCUGACAUUACAGCAUUUUGCCGUCCAGCUCCAACUGAUUUCAGCGAUAACCAACGCCAAAUAUUUUGUGUAUUUUCGGGUAAGGGAGUCCAUAAGUUACGCCAUUAUUUGAUGAGUUUAACGACUCCAACAAGUGGCCCGCAGACUGAUAUUAGAGAAGUAUUAACAAAGUACGUUAUUUUAAAAAAUAUGUUGCUGCCAAACGAGGACUUAGAAACAGGUCUUCAUCGUAUUACUACUGAAUUGAAUCAAGACUCAUCCGCCAUUUUAGCUGCAGCAGGUCUCAGCCAAAUGAACGGUGUAAAUAAUGACAUGCUUUUCCAAAACAUAGAUUUUGAAAGGUUAGAUGAUGUAUUUAAUUGGUACGAGGCUUCAUUUGAAGGUCAUCAAAUUUCCAGUACUGAAAUAAAUCAAUUAUUGCCAUUAGUUGAUAAAAAGUUUUGUGAAGAUCCUUUUGAUGAGGAAUAUGAUGAUGCAGAAGGUAUAGUAGCUCCAAAUGCAAAUUCUAUUUUAAAUUCAGAAUUAUGUCAUAUUGUUAGAAAGUUUCAUGAACUAGAUGAUCGCGUUGAUGAUUUUGAAGUUAAUGUUGCAAGCUUAGCAAGGGUUCAAUUUCAAUUUACAGGAUUUCUUCUACAUGAAAUGGUUCAAAUUCAUAUGCAAAUGAUCGACAUAAACCGACAGAUAACAGAAAUCCAGAAGGGCGUGCUCGAAUCAGAGAAUGAAAAUAAUAUUAAAGGCGUUUUAAUAUGGCGAUUGCUAUUUACAGAAAAAUUCUCGGAAUUGCUACAAAAGUUUAAAUUAUCAACAGUCGUGCUAAGGUUAUAUUUGAAAGAUAGCAUCACCUUAUUGACAAGACAAAGAGAAUUAAUUUUGGCCAAUAGAAGAAAUACAUGGAAUACUGGAGAAGGAGAUGAACAGCCAACACGAUCGAAUCUGUUGGAUCAGAUAAACACUGUGUCAUUAUCUGCAGAUGAAUUAAAUAUUCUUCAAUUAGGCGAUAUACGCACUACGCAAAUAAGUCCCAAUAAUGCAUUACGUCCUCCAUUGGAUAUGAACAACAUCAAUCAAAUGGAUACUCGUUCAGAUACUCCUGAUGAUGAUACUGUACUUGAGGAAGUUUAA